GAGUCUGGGUGUCAUGUACUACAAAUUUAGUGGCUUCACGCAGAAGCUGGUGGGAGCGUGGGCUUUGGAGGCCUAUAGCCCACAGGGAUUAAAGCCUGUGGUUCCCACAGAAGCACCACCUAUCAUAUUUGCCACACCAACUAAACUGACCUCCGAUUCCACAGUGUAUGAUUAUGCUGGGAAAAACACAGUUCCAGUGCUGCGGAAGAUUGUCCAGAAAGCUGAUGGUGUGCCCAUCUACCUGAAACGAGGCCUGCUUGACCAAAUGCUUUACCGGACCACCAUGGCGCUGACUGUGGGAAGGACCAGCUACUGCCUGAUCGCCCUCUACAUGGCUGCACAGCCCAAAAAAUGAGUUAGGCUGCAGAGGACUGGUUUGGGUUUUUUUGGCAUAAACCCUUUGAAUUUCCUUUUUCAUUGUUAAUUUUUUUUUUUACUUGGAUGGCUUAACAUUUUUAAAAAUGCAAGAAAAAUAGGAAGAAACGAAGACAAUAUUUUGGUUUGCUUAUGAAAUGCAUAUGGCUUGUCAGAGCUCAUUCCACGGUUAAAGCCAUUGUUUAAAGAAACGCUGCUGUGCUCUGUGUUUGUGCUCCUGAUUUCCCUGGAGGGUCUGGAUGAAAGUUGCACACAGACUCAUUAAUGUCAGUCUGUGCCUCAGGGACUUGAGGCUGCGUUUUUGAGCACGGGGUGCAGAAGCCUUUCUGGAUUUGGAUGUGGCUGUGGAAAGAAUACAGAAGCCAAGGCCAUGUGCAUAAAAUAAGGGGUUUGAGUUAGUAGUCACUUCGGGGAUUUUUUUCCAUUUUGCAGUAACAUGUUAAAAGAAAUUAUUUGUAACCUGCCUCUGUUCAUUGGGCAGUUCAUUUCAAAGGGUUAUUUGCCUCGUUUCCUGUCUUCAGUGAAAUCUUAUGUGUAAUUGUGUGUAUUUAUUCCACCAUGGGAACAGAGAACACCUGCUUAGUGUUGCACUUUAGACCAGUGUCUGUUUUAUUAACAGCUUUGCCAACAAAUUCUCCUUUAUCUUUUAAAAAUGUUAUAGCUUUAAAUUAUGACUUAUUUUGACGGUGGAAUAAAUACAUGAAUUAA